AUGGUUGUAAAACUUUCAAGUAAUCAGACAAAUUAUGUGUGCAAAAGAAAAGCUGGCAGAAGUAUUGUCGAUCGACGCCCUAUUUUUUCACCUGACGAUGAAUCUGUCCUCGUAAUAGCCGAAAAUGUGGUGCGCGUUUAUAACGUGAAGACCGCUGAUUGGACACGAACCCUGGAAACUGAAUCUGCAGUUAAGGAAUUAAUUGCCAUAGAAUUUCCCGAAAAGGAAGACUACAACUUGUGUGGUUGCUCUGAUCGAGGCGUUGUCACAACAUGGACUUGGGAAAAUGGUGCAGUCCUCAGAGAAGUUCAACUACAAAUCCCCAACGGCAGCAAAGUAUGGUCCUUCAAUCUUAUAAAUGAAAGAAUAUGUUUUGUGCUUACUGGCAAUCCGAUGAGCAAAACUUUUCACAUAGCAUCAUACUCCAUCAGAACAGGAGAGUUGGUGACUUAUUACAAUGAAAUUGGUGUGAAGUUUAACGAUAUACUCUCUGUGGCCAUUGGCUCUUCAGUGGGAGAAGAAUUCGCAGUGAUUUCCAAUGGUCAAAAUCUGGUUCACAUACAAAAUCUCGACCGGCCAGAUGUCUGUGCUGUCCUCACCACAAGAUUCAGGAUAUUAUCUGUGGCUGCCAACCGGCGAGGCAUGGUUGCCUACACAGACGCCAUCGGCAGGGCCAUGGUGCUUCGGGGAGACUUGUAUAACCCCGAUCGAAGAGCUCAAGAGCCCUUGCACUGGCAUUUCUUGCCUUUGCUAGCGGUCGCCUUCUCUGCAAUUGGUAACUACUUAAUCACGGGUGGCAUGGAGAAAGUGCUGGUGAAAUGGACUUUCAGUGACCUCGCCCAGAAAGCCAAUGAGAAGAAGUUCAUCCCCCGGAUGCCCGGCUUCGCUCGGUUCAUAACGGCUAGCAGGUCCCAUAUUGCUGUUGCUCUUUCAAAUAACUCGAUAGUUCUCGCGAACCUGGAGAUGCACGUGACGAACACAAUCCUGGAAUGCGGGGGGCUGACGUCCGUGAAUCGUUCACUGGGCUCCACGCUCAUCUACUUCAAGCCCACGGACUCGCUCAUCAUUCCGGGCCGGACGGGGUUCCUCCAGCUGUACUCCACCAAAACGGACAAGGUUUUAUAUAAUAUCGACAUAACAGAAAUGAACAGCAUUCCAAGCGAACGAUAUAACAUACUCCCCGUGGAGACCGAAGUGACGUGCGCCGCAGUCAGCGCCGAUGGCAGAUGGUUAGUCACAUCCGAGUACAGGAACGACGGCAUCAUCUACCCCGAAGAGAAGCUGAAGUUCUGGUCCUCCUGCCGAGACAGAACUUGCCCGUUUAAGCUAAACACUUGCGUGAACCUGUCUCACGGUGGCCUCAACGUCGUCUCUAUCGCUCUGAGCAACAAGAGCGACUUUUGCGUGACAUCCGGCAACGACCAGAAGUUCCGCGUCUGGAGACUCGACAGGAACGAGAAGAAGUCCAGAUGGACCUGUCUCACGGCCUGCUACUACUCAUCUGGGGUCUCCCACAUCCAGUCCAACCCGUUGCUGAACGAGUUCAAACAUGGGGAGAUGCUCGGUCUGGUGGAGAAGGGGGAGCGUAAAUACUUGACUUGCGACUUCUUCGAGCGCGAUCAGAUAAGGAAUGUCAUCAAUAUACACAAGACGAAGUCUGUGGUGGACGACAGGAUUGUCGCGAAGUCUGUGUACCGGGGGGAGCUGGCGAUCGGCGGCGUGGCGAUAUCCCAGGACGGGUCCUUGAUAGCGGCCUGGUUCGGGCCGAAGCUUACUCUGUGGGACACGCACUUGUGCAAUCUGAGGGCGACUCUUGCGCACCCCGCGUUGAGGCCGAAAGGUGUACACGUGCUGUUCGGGAACAAUGAUGCGGCGCAUUAUUUGGCGUGCACCACGGAGACCUGCCUCGCUGUUUGGAGCCUUCUGUCUCUGACCGUCACCUACAUCGUCCAGAACAGUCCAACUUGCCUGGUCGCCGAUCCCUUCUCCAACAAAAUGGCGGUUGUCAAUAAGGAUAAUGAUGUUCACAUAUUCACCCCGCACGAGUCGACCCCAGUACUCUCGAAGAAGGGAAUCCUCAACCCCCAGGACGGAGUCUUCACCCACUGCGCCUUCGGAAACUCUUCGGGGGCCGACAUAAGACUGUACCUCAUGAGAAAUAGUUCGGAGCUAUACUGCCUCGAGCCGGAGAAGACUGCCGAGGCGAAGCUGGAAGUCAUAUCGCACAGAAACGUCCCCAAGUCCAAGUUCAGCUUACUUCUUGCUGAGCAGCAAGUCUCAGAGGUCAGAGCCACGUCGGCUGGCCAAGUGCAGCAAAUCAACACGGACAGUCUGGCGGGGAGAGCAGUCUCUGAGUUCCUAUCAGGAGCACCACACAUGAUCCCACCAGUGGGAAUGCUAAGCACAUCCUUCCUCCAACUGAUAUCUGGAUACGCGGAGGUGGAAGAAGCAGAAUCCUCAGAGGACGCUCCAAUGGAGGUAGAUUCUUCAAGUGACGAUGAAGAGGCGCCCAAGGUCCAGGUCCCGAAGCCGGAACAGCUGUGCAAAGCGGACUACGACACGAUUAAGAAUAAGAAACUGCAAAGGGUUCUAGACCAGAAUAUUUUGGACUUUGAAACGACCAAAGAGGUCUUUGGCUUGUGA